AUGGAGUUCGAUCAGAAGGGGGAGCAUCAGGGAAUCCAUCGAUCGACGCAAGAUAGACCCAGGCGAUGGAUACAUCAAGCCUUGCGACCGGUCGCUGUCAUUUUUAUCCUCGCAGCUCUAUGGAAUGUCCAAUAUUUUCGAAAUAAUUUCAUGGGAUUACAAGAAGAUAAAUCGCCCGAUAUCGAUUUCAAGUGGGAGAGUAUCACACCCAGCAAGCAACUGAUUUAUCACUCCUGUGAAGGCGAGUAUGAAUGCGCUCGCCUUGAGGUCCCAAUGGACUGGAAUCGGACAGAUGGCCUGGGUGCAACGGUCGCUAUAGCAAUCAUCCGACUCCCAGCCAAGGUUCCUGUCACCGAUGUCCGAUACGGUGGUGCGAUCCUUCUGAAUCCAGGUGGGCCGGGUGGAUCUGGGGUAUCCUUGGUCCUGACAGAGGGCAAGGAUGUCCAAAAAACCGUAGACUUUCAGAAACCACCCGGGGAUCCGGAAGCCCAGUCCACAGCGAAAUAUUUCGAUAUCGUCAGUUUUGAUCCAAGGGGGGUCAACAAUACUACUCCUUCGUUUUCUUGUUUUGCCGAUUCAGAGACGCGUCGGGCGUGGACGCUGCAGUCAAACACGGAGGGGAACCUGGACAGCUCAAAUGUGUCAUUCAAUAAUCUCUGGGCACGGGCGAUUGCCUUUGGCGAGACCUGUUCGACUCAUGGUGCUGGCGUUGGUGACUCGGAAUGGAUAGCUCGGUUCAUGAACACGCCCAUGGUCGUGGCAGAUAUGGUUGAAAUCGUCGAACGACUUGCCGAGUGGCGCGAGAAAGAAACCGGUCGACUAUUGAUGAACAGAGCGAAAAUACCAGUUCAGCAGCAAAGAGAUAUCCGGCUGCGGAAUCAAUGGCGCCGGGGGAAGGAAAAGCUGCUUUAUUGGGGGUUCUCGUAUGGAAGUGUCCUGGGGGCAACAUUUGCUGCGAUGCAGCCCGGUCGGAUCCAUCGCUUGGUAGUGGAUGGAGUUUGCGAUUCCAGGGACUAUUAUGCUGGCAACUGGCUCACCAAUCUUCAGGAUGCAGACUCGACUUUGCAAAAGUUUUUCGAGUAUUGCCACGAAGCAGGCCCGGAGUCAUGUCCGCUGGCGCAGAACGAGUUACAGGCGACAAGGGAAGUUUACGACAACAUUCUUGCCGAUAUUUCAAAUAACCCCGUUGCUGUCCCCGGAUCAAUGACUCGGGGCCCUGAUAUCAUCACUUACAGCGAUGUUCGUGCAAUGGCGAUGCAGUCCCUCUACAAACCUAUGGCCUUGUUUCCAACCAUGGCGACACUCCUAGCGGAUCUUUCCAAGCGCAACGGAUCCUCUUUUGCAGACUUCAAAGCUGAAGAUCGAAAAUCAAUCCGCGAGCCUGGGUAUAAUCCCGAGGUGCUGCCAGGUAUUUUAUGUACGGAUGGAAGAGAUAUCCAUAGGAUGGUGAAGGAGGAGUUCAAGGAGUAUUGGCAGAUUCUUCAAAAUCAAAGCCAGGCCAUGGGAAAUGAAUGGGCCACUAUUCGACUCGCGUGCGCUGGCUGGAAUGUGAGGCCGCAAUGGCCGUUUGGUGGGUCAUUCAUUCAAAACACGUCGCAUCCUCUGCUAUUCAUCGGCAACUCCUACGAUCCAGUGACUCCGGUUCGAAAUGCCGUCGCCAUGUCCUCUGGAUUCUCUGAUUCGGUUGUAUUACAGCAGAAUUCCCUUGGCCAUUGUUCAAUUGCAGCUCCAUCUGAGUGCACGGCCAAUCUCGUCAGACUUUAUUUCCAGACAGGGGAGCUCCCGCCCCCAGGGACUACCUGCGAGGUGGACGAGCGACCUUUUGGACUGCCAGGCGUAAAGGGUGUUCAAGCAGGCUGUCAGCGUGACAGGAGCAGUGGUUUUGGCAUGAUGGGUAAUGGCCUUCUCCUGCCGCAGAUUUCGCCUUUCACAUUUACAUAG